AUGGUGGCGAAGAAGCCUGCUGCGUGUCGAGCUGAGAUCCCGCCGAUGCUAUCCCAGGAACAGCGAGAUGCAGUACUCUAUACACCGCAAUACAUUGAGGAGUUCCUCACGGAAUUUUCGUGGCUCAAAGAAAAGGAACUGGCGCUCCAGUGCUUGUUUGAUGGAGAGUUCGACGUGCCAAAGGCUGUGGGGCUGCUGCACACUGCACGCCGAGAGAGCUACAAAGCGCGACGUGAUCAAGACAAACGCCUACCAUUUAAAGUAUUAAAGAAGGCUAUAGCGACACACGGCAAGAAGUUUCACCUCGUGAAGGUGCGUGCGGCAAUAAUUAGAAAGGUCUAUAUCGUUCAGUCAUGA